AUGCCCCGCCCAACCCUCUCCCUCAGCCCAAUCACCUACACGACCGCCGAGCACGCCCUUGGCACCGUCCUCAUCGCGACGAGCUCAACCGCCCUCGCGGCCAUCGCGCUGGCCGACACGCCAGCCCAAGCGCUCGCCGACCUCAAGACGUCGUUCCCCGGCCGCCGCCUCGUACCGGCCAAGACAGCAGCAGCGCACGAGACGCACCACGACGCCAUCACGGCGCACCUCGACGCCGGCGCGCCCCUGUCCCUGCCCAAGGGGCUCGAGGGCACGCCGUUCCAGCGCGCCGUGUGGGCGGCGAUCGCGGCCAUCCCGCACGGCGAGACGCGCACGUACGCCCAGCUCGCCACAUCUAUGGGCCGCCCCAACGCGACCCGCGCCGUGGCCCGCGCGUGCGCGACCAACCGCCUCGCGCUGGUCAUCCCUUGCCACCGCGUACUCGGGGCCGGGGGCAAGAUGACGGGGUACCGCUGGGGCGUGGAGCGUAAGCGCGCCCUGCUGAACAACGAGCAGAGGUGA